GGCGAACAGCAACGUUAGCUUGGACUCGUUCAAUUUCACGAUGGCCGGCGUGGCGGUCACACGCACGGCCACUGCUGAGCUCGUAACCACCACGCCUCCGCCCACAGUAGAGACGAGUGCGGCUGGCAUUGCCGGUGGAUCUUCCUCGGACGACUCCUCUUCUUUGCUUUCCAUCAUUUUGGCUGCUGUCGGCGGAGUGCUGCUCAUCGGCGGGGUUGCUGCAUUCGUUUUGAGGAAGAAAGGCGGAAUAUCCUGUGCAAAAGUAUCGUACUCGUAUUGCAAUCAUGCAUUACAAAUUUUUUCUGAAAGCAAAUCCGCAUUACAAUGCUGAGGACAUUGCAUUUAUACGAAUACGAUACUUUUGCAAUUCAUACGGAAACUCUUCAAACAAUCUAGACAGCGCUGACCAGAUGGAAAAGGGGAAUGCACAGAAAGCAGAGGGGGAAGCGCUGUUGGACGAAGGUGACGACAGUAGCAACAAAGUUCUCUCCCGCCUCGGCACCGUGGGGAAUUUCAAUUCCGCCAUGCCGGAGGCGCACGAGACCAAGACCGAGGCGGUGCGUGCGGCGAGUCCGUUUCGGCGGCUGGGCACGGUCGGGAAUACGGAUUCCGUCAUGGCAGCAAUGCCGACGCACCGGCCAAUUUGGAAGCGGCUCUCGACCAUGGCUUUUGCGGAGCGGGCACUGGAGAAGAGUGAAAAUAAUAGUAAAGCAGAAGAGGAACAACAGACAGGAGUAGCAAGUGGUCCUCUGCACCUUCCUGCUCAAACGGAGGGAGAAGCUGUUGACAUUGCUGCGAAUAAUAUAAACCUCGAUGUGGAAACGGGAAAAGACCAGGUUAAUAUCGAGCAAGUGGUACAACAGGCGGCAGAAAAUAUCCCGGUGGAUCUGAACAGCGUCGAUGUUCUUGCGGUUGUUGGAGCCAAGAACGAGGCUGCCGUGCACGACGAGCACACCGAGCAUGCUCACGCGCAUACGAGAGUGCACAACAACUCGACGUUGCCCCCCCCUCAUCCCUCAUUCGCAUCUUUGCAUCUGCAGCAACACAAGCAACAGCAACAGUGCAACUUCCGCAUGACAAAGGCAGAGCUACAACAUAUCUCGACGUGGUAAAUACUUAGUACCGCUCGGGAUCCUCUGAUCAUCCGGGAACUUGUGAUGCGAACAGUGCCAGAUGACAGGUACUGGAACUGUAUCGAAGAUGUAUCGGAAUUUAGGCAUGACAAAUCUUUAGGGGGAGGUGGAGUUCCUUCGCACUCUCAUAACACACGACACGGAUUUACUCACUGCGCCGAAGAAAAAAAUCAGCCUGAUGAAGCGGAAGUCAACAACGAAGUUGUAA